GGAGGGACGAUUGGGACGGUGUUGUAUGUCCAGAUCGGUCAAAGUUUGCGUGAAGGAGGCCCGGCCAGUUUAUUCCUGGCUUUUACCAUUUGGUGCUCCGUGAUUUUAUGCCUUACCGUUUCAAUCGCAGAAAUGGUCACCUUCCUCCCUCUUUCCUCGCCCACCAUCCGCCUCGCAGGACGGUUCGUCGACGACGCAUUCGGCGUCGCCGCUGGAUACAACUUCUUCGUGUCCCAGGUAGCCCAGGUCCCAUUCGAGAUUGUCGCGUGCAAUCUGAUUAUCACGUAUUGGAGCGAUGCAGUCCCUGUAGGGGCUAUUGUUACCAUUGUGCUUGUGCUUUAUAUAAUCCUCAAUGUAUUUGCCGUUCAGUUGUAUGGUGAAUCUGAGUUCUGGCUUUCGCUGGGAAAGGUGCUUCUCAGUCUUGGACUGAUUAUAUUCACCUUUAUUGUGAUGCUUGGAGGGAAUCCUCUGAAUGACCGGUUCGGGUUCCGGUACUGGCAGAAUCCGGGUUCGUUUGCAGAGCACUACAAGAAAGGUGACCUUGGUCGAUGGCUGGGCUUUCUUUACUGUCUUAUCAAGGCGAGUUUCACGAUUGCCGGACCGGACUAUGUCUCCAUGGCCGCCGGCGAAGCCGUAAAUCCUCGCAAAGUCCUCCCCAAAGCCUACAACGGAGUAUUCUACCGUCUAACGGUCUUCUUUGUGCUGGGAACCCUCUGUGUCGGUAUCCUAGUCCCUUACAACGACCCAACAAUGGCCGCUGCAUUCGACCAAGGCAAGCCCGGUGCCGCGGCCUCGCCGUAUGUUAUCGCCAUGGAUCGCCUGCAUAUCCCCAUCCUACCACAUAUCGUGAACGCCAUGGUACUUGGCGCCUCGUUCAGCGCAGGGAAUAGCUACGUCUACUGCGCAAGUCGCAGUCUCUACGGCCUCGCACUGGACGGUAAAGCACCACGCUUCUUCACAAAGUGCACACGCACCGGAGUCCCAAUCUACUGCGUGAGCAUCGUACUAUUAAUCUCACUCCUAGCCUUCCUGCAAGUCUCCAACAGCGCCUCCGUCGUAAUAAACUGGUUUGUCAACCUAGUCACAGCCUCCCAGCUAAUCAACUUCUCCGCCUGCACAUUCACCUACAUCCGCUUCUUCAAGGCCCUCAAGGCGCAGGGCUUCUCUCGGGAAACACUCCCCUACACAUCCCGCUUUCAGCCCUAUCUCGCGUAUAUUUCGCUGGUGUGUACGACUACCAUGGCGUUUGUGGGUGGGUAUGAGGUCUUUUUGCCGGGGAAGUGGGAUGUAGCGUCGUUUUUCUUCUCGUAUACGAUGAUAGGCGUGUUUCCGGUGUUGUAUUUUGGGUGGAAGGUUGUGCAUCGGAGUAAGUUUAGGCGGGCUGAGGAGGUAGAUUUGGUUUCGGGGGUGGAGGAGAUUGAUGAUUAUACGAGGAAUUAUGUUGAUGUGAAGCCGAGGUGAGUUCUACUCUUGGUGUCUGGGUAUAGACGGUGCUAACUGG